AUUUCAUUUCGUGCGCAAUUGAAUUUCAAUUUGCCCAACUUAAUAUCUCCGCCAUUCGGCCCCUCAUUCUCACACAUAUUUUCCUCUAUCUCUUUCUCUCUCUCUUCGACUCUAACCCUAGCUCACCCACCAGGGUUCAACAUGAAGGGAGCUAAAUCUAAGUCAGAUACUAAGAGCGCUAAGCUCUCCGUGAAUAAGAAACCGAUCACGAAAGGUGGAAAGAAAUCGGGGAAGGCAGCCAAGGAUCCAAACAAGCCAAAGAGGCCUGCCAGCGCCUUCUUCGUUUUCAUGGAGGAGUUCCGUGAGCAAUACAAGAAAGAUCACCCUAAAAACAAAUCCGUUGCUGCUGUUGGCAAAGCUGGUGGAGAUAAAUGGAAGAGCAUGUCUGAAGCUGAAAAACAACCUUAUAUUGCUAAGGCAGAGAAGCGAAAGGUUGAGUAUGAAAAGAACAUGAAAGCCUACAAUAAGAAACAGGCUGAGGGUGCCAAAGAAGAUGAUUUAGAGUCUGAGAAGUCUGUGUCUGAGGUGAAUGAUGACGAGGAUGAUGAUGAAGGCAGCGGAGAGGAAGAUGAUGAUGAGUAGGAAGAUCCAGAGAGGAUAGCAUAGUCAAUGUAGGCUGUGAUAGUGUUUGAUCAUCUUAUGUUAAUGCUUUGAUAUUUCCAUGUUGCUCUUUUAGAUGUCCAUGCCCAUGUCAUCUAAUGAAAAAAAUGUAUCUCGUGAAUCCUGUUGGUUUCUUUUGACCUUCAGAAUAGUUGUAGAUGGGAGAUUUACUGCUAUAUGUACUUUUUCCAUUUUAAAAUGAAUGGCUUAGAUAAAUCCUCUGUA